CUUUUGUUGGUGUCAAGAUUCAGUCCGUGUCGAUUUGUAAACAAGUUACCCGUAGCCGUCGUGUCACACUUCGAUGGAGAGAGAGAUAGCAAGGAGUGACUUUUGGAUUAACUUUGGCAGUAAUCAUUUUACGAGGAUUUUUAUCAACAAGACGCAAUACUAAUCGAAAAAUCGGGCGACGGAGAAUUAAGAUGGUGGCGGAAAAGGCCCUGUUGGCUGUCUGCGCAGCCGCUAUAAUAAUGGCGGUUGCAGUACAAGCUGUAGAAAGACCUAUGGAGUUUAUCCCGCCCUCUGAACCCUGUCGACCAGAUAUGAAGUCAUGCGAAUACUGGCUUCACAUCGUGGUGGCCUUGACUGCUGUUCACAUGAAGAAGAUGACCGUUCCCUCGAACGGAAAAAUCUAUUACCACUCGCCGACGAACAACUACACCGGUUCAACGCCAGUCAACACAUCGGACGUCAUUGUUGCAGACGGCUACCCCGAGUCACGGAUGUUGUAUCUCGUAAAUGGAACCUUGCCUGGACCAACAUUGACCGUUUACAAAGGUCAAAACAUAACAGUGCAUGUCAAGAAUCAUAUGACAGAAACCGCGACAUCAAUCCAUUUUCACGGCAUCAUGCAGCAGGGGACACCAUACGCCGAUGGCGUUAGCUUCGUCACGCAAUGCCCGAUCUACCCUGGUCAAACGUUCGCUCACAACUUCAAUAUCACGCAGCCUGGCGGAACCUAUUGGUACCAUGCCCACGCGGGUAACCAGCGCACAAUGGGGAUAUAUGGUGCUUUUAUAAUUAAAAACAAGCCGGUCCCAAACAAACCUGAACCAGAGGAACACGUGAUUCAGCUUCAGGACUACAACCACGAUUGGAGCUCUGAGAUGAACUUCUUCAAGAUGACAUAUGGACUGUUUGAUGGGACAACAGAGAUCAAUGCAACAGCAAGCCAUGAUGGAGGAAUGUUCAGCAAGUUACGUUUCCAAUCUGGCCUCAUCAACGGUCUUGGAAGAUGGUAUGAUACGCCCACCACCCACAAUGGUGCGCCAUUGACCAAGUUCAAGGUCAAGAAAGGGAGCAACUACAGAUUACGUGUGAUCAAUGCAGGAGCACUGUACCCGUUUAGAUUCUCUGUUGAUGGACACGAACUGAUCGCUGUAGCUACAGAUGGCUUCGAUGUUGAACCCAUCCCGGUUGAAUCCUUCAUCAUCAAUCCUGGCGAGAGGUACGACGUCAUGUUAGAGGCAAACCAAGCCGUAAAGAACUACAUGAUCCGCGCACAGACCUUGGAAGUUGGCGUGAAUCACAUUGCAGAAGCCGUUCUGAACUACCAGGGUGUUGAUUCGCAUGAUGAACCAACCACAUCACGGCGGGCUUGUACUCCGGCAAAACCUUGCAAAGUUCUGAAUUGUCCAUUCACAUAUUAUCCAAAAGGGUCCAACACCGAGUGCAUCAGCGUUGAUCAACUCCGUGGAAAGGAAGGCGAUGCCCCAAAGGCCGGUAGCUCGAGCUACAAGCAGUUUUUCCUCAACUUUGCUUUUCCUGGAAUAGGGUGGACUCCAGGAUCUGUGAACGGCCGGGCCUUUCAUCAUCCUCAGGUCAAUCCACUCGGACAGAUGAACGAGAUGCAUUGGGGGUGUGAUCCAGAGAAAUGUGGCGUAGAAAAGGUCUGUGUCUGCGCCUACCACUUGGAUAUCAACUACGGCGACACGGUGCAGAUGGUCUUCCUGAACAUGGGUCAAGGAAAUGGAUGGGGCCAUCCGGUGCAUUUGCACGGACACAGCUUUUACGUGGUCAAACAAGGUUUUGCGCAGUACAAUAGCACAACUGGGAAGAUCGUUGGAGACAACUUGGAUAUCAAUUGCCACGGCAACAAAGAUAGGACAAAGUCGUUCUGUAACGCCGCCACCUGGUCUGACAGUACGUGGGUCGGGGACAACAUCCCUGGUUUGAACCUGAAGAAACCCCCUCUCAAGGACACCAUCAUCGUUCCAACCAGCAGCUAUGUGAUCAUCCGCUUCAAGGCUGACAACCCCGGCGUAUGGAUCCUGCAUUGUCACAUCGAAAUGCACAACAAUGACGGUAUGGCGAUGAUGGUGAGAGAAGGCAAAGACAGAAUCCCGAAACCUCCGAAAGGCUUUCCGACGUGUAGGAACUUCGACUACGAUGGGAGCUAUGCACUUCAAGAAUCGAAACCUACCGAUGAACCCAGAACGACAGUAAAACCUGGUGGCCAAGGCGGAGAAAAGGAGAAACCAAAAGGCGAAGAGUUUAACUACCGUGAUGCAUUCUGGGCCGUCGCUGGAACACUCAUUGGCCUGGCGGCUGCUCUCUUUGUCGUAGGCGUAGUCUGGUGUUGCUGCUGUCGGAAGCGAGAGCCUGAGCCACCUAGAUCGAGAAACAGUGCUAAGUACCACGACAAUGGCGGUUUGACUGGUGAUGAUGGGAAAGCAGCAACUGAUGUGAAGUUUUGAUCUUGGUCAGGCUACUUUUACGUAAAUCUCAUUGUUACUUGAUCUAGGCGUUUUUUAGCGAUUAUAAGGUUAAGAUUAGCGUGUUAGGAUUAGUAUUAGGGGGUAAGGGUAAGGAAUAUUAAGGGUUAGGGAUGUUAGGGAUAUGAUAAGGGGUUAAACUGAAAUGGGGUCUCGCGUAAGAUCCAGACGCGAGAGUGUGGUAAAGGAAGUUAAUUACGGAACUCGCGAUAUCAUGUAGACACAUUUAGAUGAAAAGUACACGAACUAUGGCUGUCAAACUGCUCCUGAACAAGAUUUAUUCUAAUUCACUCUAAUUCACAGCAACCGCAAACGCUGUCAAAGCAUUACAUCACUCCCCGUACGACUGGAAAACUGUUGAGUGUAGAGAAUUUGCCUUGUGGGCAAAAUUUGGGCCCCAUUCCUUUUUGCGUGGCACAUCUUUGUGAGAAGAUCAUAACCUGCAACUCUGUAUGUAUGUUUCUGAUAAGUGAAUAGUAAGGGAACCUGAUCGACAGAGAGCUUGCACAUAGCCAUAUCUUUAUGUAAAGGGUAUGUUCAGAUUUGAAUUCCUGAGGUUUGUUAUUGGACGGGUCUCGAGAGUAAGCCCCCAUCUCUCAGUGUGUAGUAGGGGACAUCUUCUAUCGAAGUCGAUGUACGGCUGAAAUGCUAGGAAGUGUUGCUUUCGGCGUUCAGAUUUUUUAAACUUCUCAAAUUGCGAACGGGACAUCCCUUUGCGCUCAUUCUCAUAUGUCUCAGGUAUUUUUUAUUUUCAUGUGCAUUCCUACCUCAACUGGGCCACCCUGAAUUGCAUACGUUAGUGGCUCGUUAUAAAGCGCUACUAAAUGCACUGCCUCACUCAAAGGUCUAAGAUUCACCAAUCAAAUGCAUGGCACUAAAACAGAUGCACCCUAUGAAAUCUGCCAAGGUCUGUGAUUUAUUUAGAUUGAGCUGAUGUAAAAACAAGGUUGGUUGGAAAGUAAAAUCUCAAACAUAUUUUAUACUGUAUAUUUCACCAGUUUUGUUGAUUUUGAUUUGUUGAUUUUGAUAUCUUAUAUUUACAUGUACAUGUAGCACUUUCUAAAAUAAAUUUAUGCUUUUUACAA